AUGGUCUUAAUCGACGGGAAAGAGGUGAUCACGGCGGAGGAGAAGCGCCUGAAGGAAGACCGCGAGAGAACGAAGUAUUGGAAGCGUUGGGGACCUUACGUGGCCGAGAGACAAUGGGCUACAGUCAGAGAGGAUUACAGUGAAGAUGGUGAUGCCUGGAGCUACUUCACUCAUGAUCACGCAAGAUCGAGAACGUUCCGCUGGGGUGAGGACGGAAUUGCCGGAGUGUCGGACACCCACGGUCUGCAGAACAUCGCUUUUGCAUUCUGGAAUGGAGAAGACGACUUCUUGAAGGAACGUCUGUUCGGUCUGUCCAACCCUCAGGGUAACCACGGCGAGAGUAUCAAGGAGGCACAUUUCCAUGUCGACAACACCCCGACGCAUUCCUACAUGAAAUUCCUCUACAAAUAUCCCCAGAGGAAGUUCCCAUACCAGGAUCUUAUCGAUGAGAACGCAAAGCGCUCACGGUUGGAGAAAGAGUAUCAGAUUCUGGAUACUGGUAUCUUCGAAGAGAACCGCUACUGGGAUAUCUUCAUCGAGACUGCCAAGGAGGCUGACGACGAGGAAGAGUUGAUCUUCCGUGUUAUUGCGUACAACCGUGGCCCCGAGCCUGCUAAACUACACAUCAUCCCUCAUGUCUGGUUCCGAAACACCUGGGCGUGGGACGAGGAGAAGAAACAGAACAAGCCAUCUAUCAGGAAAGAGGGACCUUUGGCCGCUAAGACAAAACACAGCCAGAUUGGCGAGCGAUAUGUUUCUUUCGCACCAUCGCCUCCCGUUGGAUCCUGCGAUGAGGAUAUCCAGCCUCAGCUGAUGUUCACUGACAACGAGACUAACGACAAGUUGCUUUGGGGCACUGAAAACAAAAACCCUUAUGUCAAGGAUGCAUUCCACCGCCACAUCGUCGAGAAUGAAGAAGGCGCCAUCAACCCAGACAAUGAAGGCACCAAGUUCGCUGCGUGGUAUGCCUUCAACGAUGGCGAGGGAGUUCCUCCCGGCGAAUGUGCCGUCGUCCGUUUCAGAGUGUCCCGCAAAAAGGAAGAAUUCGUUGACGAAGAAGUCCUGGACGACGUGAUUGAACAGCGCCGCGCCGAGGCUGAUGACUUCUACUACCAUCUCAACCCCCUCCCAAUGAGCGACGACCUCCGCAACAUCCAGCGUCAGGCAUUCUCCGGGAUGAUGUGGUGCAAGCAGUACUACAACUUCAUCUGGGACCAAUGGGCCAACGGUGAUCCAGGUGAGAUUCCUCCUCCGCCAGGCCGAAAAGGAAUCCGUAAUCAGGAAUGGCGUCAUCUCUACAUUGACGACAUCUUGUCGAUGCCUGAUUCUUGGGAAUAUCCAUUCUUCGCUGCAUGGGACACUGCUUUCCACUGUAUCCCUCUGGCCAUGAUGGACCCCGAUUUCGCAAAGAAGCAACUUGACCUGCUCACCCGUGAGUGGUACAUGCACCCGAACGGUCAGCUGCCUGCGUACGAGUGGAACUUCGGCGAUGUAAACCCUCCCGUGCACGCAUGGGCUGUGUUCCGCACAUUCAAGAUUGAGCGUAAGAUGUACGGACGACAGGAUUUGGACUUCUUGGAACGCGUCUUCCAAAAACUGCUGCUCAACUUCACUUGGUGGGUGAACCGCAAGGACUCUGGCGGCAAGAAUGUGUUCGAAGGUGGCUUCUUGGGACUUGACAAUAUCGGUCUGUUCAACCGCUCUGAGCCGUUACCCACCGGUGGUGUGCUUGAGCAAGCUGACAGCACUGGUUGGAUGGCUUUCUACUGCCUGACAAUGCUUAACAUUGCCUUGGAAUUGGCCAAGCACCGUCGCACAUACGAAGAUAUUGCCUCCAAAUUCUUCGAGCACUUCCUGCUCAUCAGUGAUGCAAUGACCUUCCGUUCCGGCGAUGACGCCGUCCAGUCGCUCUGGAAUGAAGAAGACAGCUUCUACUACGAUGCCAUCUCCUAUGGCGGACCAUGGACGCAGCAGCUGCCCAUCAGGUCCCUUGUUGGUCUGAUCCCCCUCUAUGCGGUGCUUACCCUGGAGCCUGAGAUCAUCAACAAGUUCCCCUCGUUCAAGCGACGAGUGGACUGGUUCAUUGAGAACAAGGCCGACGUGGCCGAGCGCAACAUUGCCAGUAUGAAGACCCGCGGCAAAGACGACCGACUCCUGUUGGCACUUGUCAGCAAAGACCGUCUCAUCAAGAUUCUGGAGCGUAUGCUCGAUGAGACCGAGUUCCUCUCCGAGCACGGUAUCCGCUCCAUGUCUAAGUAUCACGAAGAUCAUCCGUAUUCCAUGGAGGUCAAUGGCCAAACAUUCAAGGUUGGCUACGUGCCAGGCGACUCAGACUCCGCCCUCUUCGGCGGCAACAGUAACUGGCGUGGACCCAUCUGGCUCUGCGUCAACUUCCUGCUCGUCGAGUCACUCCUUCGCUUCUACAUGUUCUACGGCGACUCGCUCCAAGUCGAGUGCCCGAAGGGCUCCGGCGACUUUAUGCACCUGGGCCACGUAGCAGAGGAACUGCAGCACCGCAUGCAGCAUCUCUUCGCCCGCAACGACGAAGGCCGCCGCGCCGUGAACGCAGGAUCCGACCUCCUCGACUUUGAUGAGCACUGGAAGGACAACCUCUGGUUCCACGAGUUCUUCGACGGCGACACCGGACGCGGACUAGGCACAUCGCAUCAGUGCGGCUGGACCGGGCUGAUCGCAAAGAUCAUCCAUGACACCGGCCUCAGCUGCCGUCUGCCACAGACACCUCGCUCGCCGUUCGCCGCGGCCUCGCACUACUUUGACGACAUCUUCUCGCGGUCCGGCAGACCGCGCGGCUCCGACCGCCCAUCUGUCCGUCGCUCCUCAACUACGCGCUCGAUCGGCAACCGCAGUGACUUCUACUCUGGCGAAGCCACGCCCGCUCCACUGGAAGAUGGCGAUGAGAGUUGGGGUGCCAGUCGUGCAAGCAGCCGUCGCGGUAGCACUACUCAUGACGCCGACGAGCAUGUGAACCAUUACGUGGCGAGCCAGCUGCAGCGUGUGCGCAGUUCUGCUUCAAUUGCUGCGUAUGAGGAUGAGUUUGAGACGAGGGCUAACGAGGAUAGAAAGAAUGACUCAUGA